UCCACACCCACACAGAUUAAAUAUUCUCCCUUCUACUUUCUCUCAAGAGAGAGAUGGACGCAAGGAUUCGAAUGGUAAGAGCAGCCAUGAAAGGAGUACUCUUGGUCAUCUCUCUUGGGAUUCUUAUGAUGUGGGUCAUAAUGCCUACACAGACUUACCGGGAAAAAUGGCGUAUUAAAAUAAACCAAAAGGUCUAUUCCACGUACCUUGGCACCUCAGGCUCAAACAUUCUGAUUUGGACAUUUCCGAUGCUCUUCAUCUCCGUUUUGGGCUCUUUAUACCUCCAUUUGGGGAAGAAACUCACCAAGAAUGAUGUAUCUCAAAGUAGUGACGACGGCGAGGGUCAUCGGCGGGCAGUGACAUGGAAGAAGCCGGUUUUGGUGAAAGGUCCUGUAGGAAUCGUUACUGCCACAGAACUGGCGUUCUUGAUAAUGUUCACUGCUCUCCUUGUGUGGUCUUUAUCAACUGAACUCCGCAGGGGUUUUGCCAACAUCACACCAUUUGCACAACAAGGAGAAAGAACAUGGGUAGUAAAGUUGAAAAUAACAGCAUUCUAUCUGGGAAUAGUGGGGAACAUUUGUUUGGCAUUUCUUUUCUUCCCAGUGACUCGUGGAUCGUCAGUGCUGCCGCUGCUUGGACUCACGCCGGAGGGAAGCAUUAAGUACCAUAUAUGGUUGGGGCACAUGGUUAUGGCUCUCUUCACGGCUCAUGGCUUUGGUUACAUCCUUGUUUGGAGCAUCGAUCAUCAAUUUUCCGAGAUGAUACAAUGGAAAAUGACUGGGAUAUCCAACCUGGCUGGAGAGAUAUCUUUGUUGGGCGGACUAGGUCUCUGGAUCACAACGCUCCCUCGCAUCCGCAGAAAAGCCUUCGAGCUCUUCUUCUACACACAUUACCUCUACAUAAUAUUCGUCAUCUUCUUCAUCCUUCAUGUGGGAAUCAAUUACUCCUUCAUCAUGCUCCCUGGCUUUUACCUUUUCGUCAUCGACCGUUACUUAAGACUCUUACAGUCCCAACAGAAAGUUCGUUUAGUCUCUGCUCGAGUUUUACCAUGCAACACUCUUGAACUUAAUUUCUCCAAAAGCCCAGAUUUGAGCUAUAAUCCUACCAGCAUUUUCUUUGUAAACGUGCCUAGAAUUUCUGGGCUGCAAUGGCAUCCCUUCACAAUUUCUUCAAGCAGUAAUUUGGAGCCAGAUAGUAUAAGUGUGUUGAUCAAAACUGAAGGAAGUUGGUCAAGGAAGCUCUAUGACAUGGUUUCAUCUCCUUCCAUUGAUCGUCUUGAAAUCGCCCUUGAAGGACCUUAUGGACCUGCCUCAACUCAUUUCCUAAGGCAUGAUAAGCUGGUAAUGGUGAGCGGAGGCAGUGGAAUUACUCCCUUUAUAUCCAUAAUUCGGGAGCUCCUCCACCUGAGCAAAACAUCUAAAUGCAGGAUUCCUAAACUUGUGCUUAUAUGUGCCUUCAAGAAGUCAUCUGAUCUCACCUGGUUAGACCUCAUCAUGCCAAUUUCCGACACCACAUCUGGGCUUUCCAAUCUUCCGCUGCAGAUUGAAGCCUACAUAACUAGGGACAAAGCACGCUCAACAGAUAAUUCGAAGAAGGUUCAUUCCGUUUGGUUCAAGCCCCUACCAACAGACGAACCCGUUUCUGCCAUUCUGGGCCCCAACAGCUGGCUCUGGCUUGCCGCCAUAAUCUCAUCCUCGUUCAUCAUCUUCCUCAUCUUGAUUGGGAUCAUCACAAAAUACUACAUUUACCCAAUUGACAGGAACAAGAAUCUAUACAGUUACUUCGCAAAAGCUUCUCUUUAUAUGCUGUUUAUCUGUGCUUCCAUUACCGCAACAGCAAGUGCGGCAGUUUUUCUAAACAGGAGAAAGAUCAUGAGAGAAACAAGGCAGAUUCAGAACACGGAAGGACCAAUGCAAGCUGGGACACAGGAGAAAUGGUUCCAUAAUGCUAAUAGAGAACUGGAAAGUCUCCCACAACAAUAUAUUCUGGAUGCUACCAAUGUUCACUACGGAAAGAGACCUAACCUAAAGAAGAUUCUGCCUGAGUGUGAAGGAUCGAGUGUUGGAGUUCUUGUUUCUGGACCAACGAAGAUGAGACAUGAAGUGGCGACGAUCUGUUCAUCUGGGCUGCUCAAUAAUUUCCAUUUUGAGUCUAUCAGUUUCAACUGGUGAAAAGUGCUUUAAUAUUUCAGUAUAAAAUCAACAAUGGAAUGCAGAAUGACUGUAGAAUAAAGGGGAAACUUACAUUUUAGUUAAUUGUGGUGUCCGGUUAGCGUACUCAAUUUUAAAAUGUGUACAUAAUAUACUCGUGAUUUAAUG